AUUAUUUUCUAAAAAUAUGCCAAGAAAAGAAUUGACUGAAGCAUCAAGAGACUAUACCAUCCACCUCGCUAAAAGAGUCCACAAAAUUGCUUUUAAAAAGAGAGCUCCAAGAGCCAUCAGAGAAAUUGUUAAAUUCGCUGAGAAAGAAAUGAGAACUGGUGACGUUAGAGUUGAUACCGCUUUGAACAGAUAUAUCUGGUCUAAUGGAGUUAGAAACAUCCCAAGAAGAGUCAGAGUUAGAUUUGUGAGACAAAAGAACAAUGAUGACCAAAAAUCAAAGUUCUACACCCUCGUCCAGCAUGUCCCAGUCGACUCCUUCAAAGAACUCCAGACUGAGAAUGCCGCAUAACUGAUUAAUGCUUUAGUAAUGAUAAUCAAGCAUGA